AUGAGUACUGCUGACGACCGGGCGAUCGCAUGUCUCGCGGCCCUUGUCUCUCGUCCUCGUUUUGCUUUCCUCGCGGAUCGCUAUGUAGCGCUGGCAGAGGCGACCACGAGAUUGCAGUCAGUACUGCAAAGCACAGAUAAGAAGAUACAAGAGUCCAAACGGGCGAGACUGCCUGUGAACGCGUCGCGUGCGGGAAUAAGCCGUGGUGGCCAAGAGGUGGACGUGCAACAAGACACGGUGAGCGAUGGCAUAUCCGGUCAGCUUUCAGCUGAAGCUCGCAGGACUCGGAGCACACCUUUGCGCGGUUUGAGUCGUAAACCAAGUUUAUCGUGGGGUGAUGCGGACAAAGGUGACAUGCUGGAGCUGCCCGCUGCUUCAUUGAACGCUCAGAAUCAGCUGCCACCGCCGUCCUCCCCUCAAGCGCCAGAACACCGCGUAUGUAAUUCAUGCGCAUGCCUUCCAGCGCUCGAAGCAUCGCCCAUGCUCAACAACGAAGGAUAUGUUGCGAUCUCGACAGAUGAAGGGCCCCUCUGUUCUGCUGAAUCAAAUGUCAUGGCCGGCGAAGGAAGCGGUGUCUCCGAACCUCGGGGUACCAUUGUGAAUGGUACACUCAGACGGAACGAGGCCUGCGCGGAAGCGGAUGCGAACAUGAACGCAAUGUCGAGUCUAUUCAGUGCAUCUACGGCAACGAACGGGUACCAGUCGCCUACCGACGACCUCGCUUGCGCUGAUUCACGCGCUUCUCUGUCUGCUGCAGUCGUCGCAUUGUCCUCAACAUCGCCUCAGCUACAACAGAUGGAAGGCAAACUUGCAAUGCAGCUCCCUCUGAGCAGCGCCCAAGAUCUACGUCUCUCACCCCAGCGCUCGUCAUCUCUGCCACCGUCGGUCCACCAAGUUUCUUUUCGCUCCCGCGGCGCGAUAUCCCCUUCUGGAGCAGAAAACUCAGCAUGGAAGGAUACACCACGCAAGUCAGCUCGUCUCGCCGCCCAAAGCCAUUCGGCGGGAAUGCACGACGCACCCUCAUCGAGGCCGUCAACCGCGCUGCUGGCUUCCUCGCCCGCCGCGGCUGACUUUGAGGCUGAUCCCCCGAGCAAGCGUCGGCGCUCGACUCGACUCGCGAGCACGGACGAUCACUCACCUUCGGCCAAUGACCAGUGUAGUCCGGAGAUUGACGAAGCGUUGUCCUCUCAAAGUGACGGAGAUGAGUCGUACAUCGACGAAGGGGAUCCGCCUUCAGCUGGCGACCUCACGCGCCCCUACGCGUGUACUGCCUGCGAUGUCGCCUUCACCAAAGCUUCAUAUCUGCAAAGGCACCUUCGCGACCGCGCACAUAACUCGGAAGGAGGUGCCCACAGAUGCACGCUGUGUGGCGCCCGCUUUGUGCGUGUUCACCAUCUGAGGCGACACUUGAGCUCCGCUGCGCAUGGCGAUGAAAGAGGUUUCACUUGCUCCGUCGCGGGGUGCACGCAGGCCUUCACUCGGAGGGAGCACCUCAAGCGACAUCUUCAGAAUGUCCACAAGCGCUGAGCGCAAGUCUCGAAGAUUAUGAUGCCCCUCUCAUUUUUGGACAUCUUCUGCGCGUAUUGCUUCAUGAUUAUUCUUUUCUUGGCUUGGUUCCCUUCGUAUUCACUUCAUGUCCAAUUCUCUUCGCCCCCAUCCAUCCGGUUCUGUACACUACCAGGGCUUUCUUGUUUUAUCUUGUCAUCAUUAUCUUCUUGUCGGUACGCCCUCGAUAUUCACUGACCAUGUUACUUUUCUGCCCUGCC